AAGGAUGACCAACCAAUCCGACCAAGCGAAGAAACUUCAUAAAUCGAAACAGCCCAUCAAAACCAAGGUGUUAAGUAAGGGUGAGCUGCCUGGCAAAGACAAUCUUAUGUCAAGACUGAAGGAUUAGAUAAUCCAAAAACAAAAGCAAACUGCUUACUAACUACCUACAGAAAAGAGAUUUGGCUGAAAGAAAAGCAACUUGCCUUUCUUUUUCCUCCAAAUUUCCACUGUUUAAAACUUGAAGCCCAAGCUCAUUUCCCUUUGGUUGUUAUAUAAACUCCAGUCGGAAAACUCUUUUUUUCGACAGCCAUCAGGAUCAAGAACCAAGAACUUUACACCUUAAACUCCAUCCUAUCCUAACGAUCCCAGUGCCAUUGUCAAGUCAAACUACAAACAAACUAAACUGCCUGGCUAUUCUUUUGUUAAUGCUCAGAAGAAGUCAACGAUGAAUCCUGCAUCGUCGAUAGAUAGUGAAGGAAGCAUCCAUCUGCAGGUAUCUGAGCUCAAUGCAAGGAUUAGUGAAGCAGGCAGUUCAGGUCCAGGUCCAAGUCCAACAACAAUCUUACAACCUCAAAGCUCUAUUGAGACAAAGAACACUAGUAGCACAGGCAGUUCAGUUACUGCAGCAAGGCAGGUAGAAGCAAUCCGUGCACCAGAAAAGAAGCUGACCCUUUUUGCUCUGAGGCUUGCUGUGCUGGAAAAAGCAGCAACUGGAUUGGGAACUCUAGGUUUCAUAUGGGCUACAGUUGUUCUUCUUGGUGGUUUUGCCAUCACUUUAGACAAAACAGAUUUUUGGUUCAUAACCAUUAUUCUGCUGAUUGAGGGCACAAGGAUAUUUAGCAGGAGUCAUGAGCUUGAAUGGCAACACCAAGCCACAUGGUCCCUUGCUGAUGUUGGAAUUAGUAGCUUCCGCGCAAUCAGAUCAAGCUCAAACUUUGUCAUCAAAACUGUCAAGGCAAUUUUUAGGCCUAUUGCUGCUGUUGGAAAUCCAGGCAGGGGACAGAGCAGGGAGAUCAUCACACAGAGCAUCCAUCAGGCAAACCGAAACAACUGGCAUCAGAAGAGGAUGCCAACUCGAACGUGGAAUAGCUCAGAGGUUCCUCUCAUUCCGUAUGCUUCAUGGGUGUUCAUAUCAAGAAAUAUUAGUAAAUUGUUGUAUUGGCUCCAACUCAUCUCCGCUACGACCUGUGUAGUGCUCUCCCUGAUGAAGCUUAUCAAGAGAAACUUUGGCGCUGUGUCCAAAGAUGACUCAGACAAGAGGAACAGGAAGGCAGCUUUGAUUAUAUUCUAUUCAUUAGCUUUGGCGGAAGCACUGCUGUUUCUCCUGGAGAAAGCCUAUUGGGAGUGGAAUGUAACGUUUCGCAAAAUAUUGGAUGAGGUGAACAAGCAGUGUGAGAUGGGGACAUCAGGUAUGCUUGCAAUUAGAAGGUUUUUCUAUGAUGCAUAUUCACAAUGUGUUUAUGGAAGCGUUUUUGAUGGCCUGAAAAUGGAUAUGGUUUCGUUUGCGAUGGAUCUCUUGGGCUCGAACUCCCCUGAUGAACAGCUUAUGGGGGCUCAAAUUCUGGAAACAUUUUCAAAAAGCAAGCGGUUUUCUGAUGACACCCUCCAAAAGAUUGGUAUAAACUUAUCUGUAACAGAAAGGUUAGUCGAAAUGUUGAACUGGAAAGACCCUGAAGAAGAACAGAUCAGAAAAUCAGCUGCAGAAAUUGUGGCACACCUUGCUGGUAAAAAGCAGAAUUCUCUUAGGGUAGCUGGUAUACCAGGUUCAAUGGAAUCAAUAUCAUCCUUGCUCCACAUCAGCAGGAGCUUUGGUGAUGCAGCUGAUGAAAUACCAGAAAAGAGAAUCAUCUUCGAUGAUGGACAUUAUAGCUUCUGGACAUUCAACCAUUUGGGGCUCACAAUUUUGAAGCAGCUUGCUCGCGACCAUGACAAUUGUGGGAAGAUAGGGAAUACAAGAGGCCUCCUGCCAAAAAUCAUAGAUUGCACACACGCAGGAGAGAGGCUCCUGACGGAUGCGACAGCCACACCCUCUCAGAUUUUAACAGUGAAGCGAUCUCUGCAGGUAGUAAAAAGACUGUCCUGCACUACUGGUGCCACGGGCAAACAGCUCAGGAAAGAAAUUUCAGAGAUAGUUUUCACAAUCAGCAAUAUCAGAGACAUAUUGAGGUAUGGGGAGAAACAUCCAACACUGCAAAAGUUAGGAAUAGAUAUCCUAAGAAAUCUGGCAAUGGAAGAGGACGCAACAGAGAGAAUUGGUGGCACAGGUGGGGUCCUCAAGGAGCUGUUCAACAUCUUCUUCAAGCAGGUGACAGAUGAAAAGCACAAAGAUGUAAAAAUUGCAGCAGGAGCAGCACUAUCAAUGCUGGCAUUUGAAAGCACAAGUAAUUGCUUGCGCAUAUUGAAAUUAAAUGUCACUGAAAAGCUUGUUAAAGCGUUAGAGUUAGAAGAUCCACUACUUCGAAUUAAUGCAGGCAGAAUUCUACGAAAUUUAUGUGCAUCCAGCGGAGAAGAUAGCUUUGAUCAACUGCACCACCUUACUGAUGCAGGGCCAACGGUCCUUCAAGCAAUCAUGACAAAAGAAACCAAGUUGCAGGAAGUAAUGAUUGGAUUAGCAGCACGUAUUUUCAAGUUUAUGACAUCACGGGAAUCAAGCAUUAUGUUUCAGGAAGCGGGCAUCCAAGAAGCUGAAGUGGCUAAGAAACUUGUCUCGACUCUGAAGCAAUAUCAGUAUCCUUCCAUCAGGGUUCCAAGGAUGAGGAGGUUUGUUUUAGAGUUGGCAAUCUGGAUGAUGAAAGAUAAGAAAACAAACAUCCUAACUUUCAAGAGUUUAGGGAUGGAAGAACAGCUAGAACACAUGAUGGACACCAUAUCCGAUAUUGAGAGCUUCAAUAUUUUCUCUGGGACUGUAGGGCUGAGCCGACAUAGCACAACAAUUCAUUCAUUAGUUGAAAUUGCAAUGCAGCUGCUGGUAGAUGGUUAAAUUUGCCAUCUGGAGAAUGAAUUUUGCAAAACAA